AUGGCCAUGGACGCCCAGGCAGUGGCAUUCGCUGGCCUCUCCGCGACCUGGAGGGCGGGGGCUCCCAUGGCCUCCACCGCGCCCGCGGCAGGAGGCGCGGCGGACCGCUCCGCCGCAGCGAAGUUGCCACGGAGGGCCCGCGGCGGCCAGCGCGGGCCCGAGGCCGCGCAUCCCAACAGCGCGCCCGUCGUCGGGUCCCUGGCGUCGGUGGCCAUCGCCUCCGCAGCCGCCGUGGGCUGGUUCCGCAGCGAGCACGACAGGCUGGGCCCCGCGGCCUAUCUGCGCAGCGGCCGGGGGCCCAGCACCGGGGCGGCUUGCGGAGUGCCCCGGGGGCGGCCCGUACCAGUGGCGCGCCGCCCCGUGGUGUGCCUCGGGGACGGGAUCACCCGAGGCAGCGUGUGCAGCGACUGGGUCGAGCGGCUGCAGCGGCAGCUGGGCGACACCCCGGUCGUCAACGCCGGGGUCAACCUGGACGGCGCGCAGGACCUGUGCCGGCGCCUCGACAGCGUCCUGCGGUGCCAGCCCUCCCACGUCGUCGUCCUGGUGGGCACCGACGACAUCAAGGCGGACCUGUACGAGUUCGAAGGCUGGAUGUACGAGCUGGCCCGCGGCAGGUCGGGCGGGCGCGGGCUGGAGCCGUUCGAGCAGGCGCUCGUGGAGCUCAGGGACCGCCUCCUGGAGUCCGGGGCCCAGGUCGCGCUCGCGUCGCCGCCGGUGCUCGGCGAGGACCCCUGGUCGAGCGAGAACCGCCGCGCCGCGGUCUACGCGGCCACGGUCCGCCGCGUGGCGGAGGAGCGUGGAUGCCUCUACAUACCCCUAUUCGAGAGGGGCUUCGCCCUGCUGCCGCUCGAGGGUGGAAUGCCAUACGAUGGAGCCCGCUUCUUAUCUUGGAUGAGCUCGGCUAUCGCGGACGGCAGUGCAUCUCGGAGCGACUUCGGCCAGGUCCAGGAGGAGCGCGGGCUUAGCGCCACGGUGGACCUGGUGCACCCGAGCGAGCAGGUCUCUCAGCUGCUGGUGGAGACGGCCGCCGCGUUCGCUCGCGGCAGCUACUCGGCGCCCAAGGCCGUGAGGUACCAGAAGUCUGACGCGCUGCUGCAGAGGGAGGCGGCGGCAGAGGCGCCGGAGGUCCCGGAGGCGCCGGCCCCAGCGCGGCAGAGGCGGAGCGGCCCGGGGGCGGCUCCGCAGGCGCGGAGGGGCAGUGCCGCGGCCGCCAGCGCGCAGCAGAAGCUCACCAUGCAGGGCGUCGUCCGCACCCUGAGGAGGCUGGGCGGCGCCGGGAGGGGCCGGGUGCCGGUGGCGAGCUUGCGGGCGGAGUUCGAGGCUCUGUGGAAGGUGCCCUUCCCCCUGGAGGACUCCGGGGAGGCGGGGCUCGUCGCGUUCUUGCGGGCCUGGCCGCGCAAGGUCGACGUGAUCGACGUGGACGGCACGCCGUGCGUCCAGCUAGCGGGCGCGCACGCCGUCCCGACGCGGCUCGCGAGGAAGGCCGCACGUGAGGCUGAGCUCCGGUGA